AUAUCAACACUCUGAUGCUUCCAUGUGCUUUCCAUGUGCACAUUCUUCCCAAAACAACGCCGUGGGGAGGGCGAAAAAAAAAAGAUCUUUGUUCACAUCGAAGUCUCCGCCUCCUCACUCCCCUGCCCCCCAAUCCCACCCCGUUCCCACCUCCCAUGGCGGCCCCGGCGCCGGCGCCGGCGGCCACACACCUCCAGCCUCCGCUCCUCCUGCUUCCAUCCCCGCCGCGGCCCCACCCUCCUCUCCGGCUCCGCUUCCUCCUGCCGUCCCCGCCGCCCCUCCGCCUGCGCCGCCGCUUCCCGCUCCUCGCGGCCGCUGCUGUCUCCGCCGGCGGCGGGGGCGGGGAGGAAGCCGCCAGGAAGGCCGAAAAGGCCCGGCAACUACAGAAGCGGGUCCUUGUGGGAGUUGCCAUCGGGGUGGGCGCAGGCGGCAUCGUGGUCGCCGGCGGCUGGGUCUUCGCCGCCGCGGUGUCAGCUGCCGUCCUUGCCGGCUCCCGCGAGUACUUCGAGCUCGUCCGCAGCACUGCCGGUGGAGGCGGGACCCCGCCGCCGCGCUACGUGUCCCGCGUGUGCUCCGCCAUCUGCGCUCUCAUGCCUAUCCUGACGCUGUACUAUGGACACAUGGAUGUUACCGUGACGUUUUCUGCAUUCGUUAUUGCAAUAUCGUUGCUAUUACAAAGAGGAAAUCCUCGUUUUGCUCAGCUAACUAGUUCAGUUUUUGGAUUAUUUUACUGUGGCUAUCUUCCUUCUUUCUGGGUUAAGCUUCGCUCGGGACUAGCUGCCCCUGCCUUGAAUACGAGAAUAGCAUACAAUUGGCCAAUUCUUCUCGGUGGACCAGCUCACUGGACGGUUGGACUUGUAGCAACCUUGAUGGCUAUUAGUAGCAUCAUUGCUGCAGACACAUCAGCUUUUCUUUGUGGAAGGGCAUUUGGCCGUACGCCUUUGACUAACAUAAGCCCUAAGAAGACCUUGGAGGGUGCUUUAGCUGGUCUCGCUGGCUGUGUACUGACCACUGUGCUGCUGUCAACUGUCUUACGCUGGCCAAGAUCUCUGUUGAGUGCUACAGCUUAUGGAAUCCUGAUCUUUCUGGGUUCAUUAUUUGGGGAUCUUGUUGAAUCUCUGAUUAAGCGUGAUGCUGGUGUGAAGGACUCUGGAUCGCUCAUUCCUGGUCAUGGUGGAAUACUUGACCGAGUUGACAGCUAUGUUUUCACAGGGGCACUUUGUUACUCUUUUGUCAGAGUAGCUCUACCCUUGUAUGGGGUCUGAUUACAGCAGCUUCCCGUUCAUUGUCAACAUGUCUUUCUUCUACAUCUACCCUUGUAUGGGAUCUGAUUACAGCAGCUGGCCGUUCGUUGCCAACAUGUUUUUCUUCUACCAUAUCACUCCAUCAGCAAUGUGGUUGCGAAGUGUCGCCUAGAUGCCCCAGAUCAAUCUUCAUCACUGUACAAUGCAGUACUGCCCAAGCGAAUUAAGUAUCAAGUGUCUUGACUGUUAAAUGAUUCAACCAGAGAAGGCUUCUAACUCAGACAGUUUCUUACAUUGGGUUUGUGCUGUUCUUCCCAGCUGUAAUCUGUUUGUUGCGAACUUUUCAGUUUGGUUGUACAUAGUUUGUUUUUAUAGAGUAAAGGGUAAAGGCUAAUUUUUCGUCAGAGAAAAGUGUAUAAUUUUUCAUCUCAAAAGUUGUUAAAGUGUAUUAAGGUGGGUUUUGUCAAUGGCUCUUAAGGACCAAAGUACCAAACCAUAUCAGUCGAUUUCUGUUGUUUUCAUGGUUAUCUGCUACGUUAUCCGAUUUCAAUUUGUUAUCUGAUUGACAUUUAAA